AUGAGCAUACUUUCAGAGAACAAUCCUACACAAACAUCAAUAACAGAUCCAAAUGAGUCUUCUCAUCUACACAACCCAGAGUUAAACUCUGGAACGAGGGUUGCUUCUGGACCUGGACCUGGACCUGAAGUUGAAUCAACACCACUAGCACCCCCAACUGAGGUCAUGAAUACUACAUCAGCUAAUACUUCUUCAUUAAGUUUAGGGUCUCCAAUGCACGAGAAAAUAAAACAAUUUGAUCAAGACGAGGUUGACACUGGGGAAACUAAUGAUAGGACUAUAGAAUCUGGAUCUAGUGAUAUUGAUGAUUCACAACAAUCACAUAACAAUAACAACAACAACAACAACAACGAGAGCAAUCCAGAAUCAAGUGAAGCCGAUGAUGAAAAAACCCAAGGAAUGCCUCCUCGAAUGCCAGGGACAUUCAAUGUGAAAGGUUUGCACCAAGGGGAUGAUAGUGACAAUGAAAAACAGUACACCGAGCUAACUAAAUCAAUCAAUAAACGUACCAGUAAAGAUUCAUAUUCUCCUGGCACACUUGAAAGUCCCGGUACUCUUAAUGCAUUGGAAACAAAUAAUGUCUCACCAGCAGUUAUAGAGGAAGAACAACAUACACUGUCUUUGGAAGAUUUGUCAUUGUCCUUACAACACCAAAAUGAAAAUGCAAGAUUAUCUGCACCCCGCAGUGCACCGCCACAGGUUCUGACUUCAAAGACAUCAUCAUUUCACGAUAUGAGUCUGGUUAUAUCUUCAUCAACUUCUGUGCAUAAGAUACCAUCAAAUCCAACUUCAACUCGAGGUUCUCAUUUAUCAAGUUACAAAUCUACAUUGGACCCUGGGAAACCUGCACAAGCAGCAGCACCACCACCACCAGAAAUAGACAUUGACAAUUUAUUAACCAAAAGUGAAUUGGAUCUGGAAACAGACACAUUGAGUAGUGCCACAAAUUCUCCAAACCUUUUAAGAAAUGAUACUUUACAAGGAAUUCCAACACGAGAUGACGAAAAUAUUGAUGACCUGCCCCGUCAACUAUCACAAAAUACUAGUGCGACGUCAAGAAAUACUUCUGGAACAUCGACUUCUACAGUGGUGAAAAAUUCAAGAUCUGGUACGUCAAAAUUAACCUCAACCUCAACUGCUCAUAACCAAACAGCAGCAAUUACUCCUAUAAUCCCGAGUCACAACAAGUUUCAUCAACAAGUGAUAAAUACCAAUUCAACAAAUAGUUCAUCUUCACUAGAACCGUUGGGGGUUGGCAUAAAUUCAAAUCUGUCUCCUAAAAAUGGGAAAAAGCGGAAAAGUGGAAGUAAAGUCCGAGGUGUGUUUUCGUCAAUGUUUGGGAAAAACAAGUCAACGUCAUCAUCGUCGUCUUCAAACUCAGGUCUGAAUAGCCACUCACAGGAAGUCAAUAUUAAGAUCAGUACUCCAUUCAAUGCCAAGCACCUUGCCCAUGUGGGCAUUGAUGAUAAUGGUUCAUACACCGGUUUGCCAAUAGAGUGGGAAAGAUUAUUAUCUGCUAGUGGUAUUACCAAGAAGGAACAACAACAGCACCCACAAGCAGUGAUGGAUAUAGUGGCGUUUUAUCAAGAUACAAGUGAAAACCCUGAUGACGCUGCAUUUAAAAAGUUUCAUUUUGAUAAUAAUAAAAGCAGUUCGAGUGGUUGGUCUAAUGAAAAUACUCCACCAGCAACACCAGGUGGAAGUAACAGUGGCAGUGGUGGUGGUGGCGGUGGCGCUCCUUCAAGUCCCCAUCGUACACCUCCUUCAUCGAUCAUUGAAAAAAACAACGUUGAGCAAAAAGUGAUUACCCCAUCUCAGUCAAUGCCAACAAAGACAGAGAGUAAACAGCUGGAAAACCAGCACCCACAUGAAGAUAAUGCUACUCAGUAUACACCAAGAACACCAACAUCCCAUGUACAAGAGGGUCAAUUUAUUCCAAGUAGACCAGCUCCGAAACCACCAUCAACACCGCUUUCUUCCAUGAGUGUGUCACAUAAAACACCUUCUUCGCAAUCAUUACCAAGGAGUGAUUCACAAUCCGAUAUUCGUUCUUCAACCCCUAAAUCACAUCAAGAUAUUUCGCCAAGCAAGAUCAAAAUUCGUUCAAUUUCGUCAAAAUCAUUAAAGUCAAUGCGGUCUAGAAAAAGUGGGGAUAAGUUUACUCAUAUUGCACCUGCUCCUCCACCACCAUCAUUACCUUCAAUUCCUAAAUCAAAGUCGCAUUCGGCAUCUUUGUCAAGUCAAUUGAGACCAGCAACAAAUGGAUCGACAACUGCUCCUAUUCCAGCAAGUGCCGCGUUUGGCGGUGAGAAUAAUGCUUUACCAAGACAAAGAAUAAAUGAGUUCAAGGCUCAUAGAGCACCUCCGCCGCCUCCACUGGCAUCACCUGCACCACCUGUGCCUCCUGCGCCACCAGCCAAUUUAUUAUCGGAACAGACUUCUGAGAUACCUCAACAACGUACUGCUCCUCUGCAAGCAUUAGCUGAUGUUACUGCCCCAACUAAUAUUUAUGAAAUUCAACAAACUAAAUAUCAGGAAGCACAACAGAAAUUACGUGAGAAGAAGGCUAGAGAACUUGAAGAAAUACAAAGACUACGAGAGAAGAAUGAAAGACAAAAUAGACAACAGGAGACUGGGCAAAAUAAUGCUGACACGGCUAGCGGUGGUAGUAAUAUUGCUCCACCAGUACCUGUACCAAAUAAAAAACCGCCUUCUGGAUCUGGUGGUGGCCGUGAUGCCAAACAAGCAGCUUUGAUAGCCCAAAAGAAACGAGAAGAAAAGAAACGUAAAAACUUACAAAUUAUUGCCAAAUUAAAGACAAUUUGUAAUCCUGGAGAUCCAAAUGAAUUAUAUGUUGAUUUAGUUAAAAUUGGUCAAGGUGCCUCUGGUGGAGUUUUCCUUGCUCAUGAUGUUCGUGAUAAAUCCAAUAUUGUUGCCAUAAAACAAAUGAAUUUAGAACAACAACCUAAAAAAGAAUUAAUUAUUAAUGAAAUUUUGGUUAUGAAAGGUAGUCUGCAUCCUAAUAUUGUCAAUUUUAUUGAUUCAUAUCUUUUAAAAGGUGAUUUAUGGGUGAUUAUGGAAUAUAUGGAAGGUGGAUCCCUUACCGAUAUAGUAACUCAUAGUGUUAUGACUGAAGGUCAAAUUGGAGUUGUAUGUCGCGAAACUUUGAAAGGUCUUAAGUUUUUACAUUCUAAAGGGGUUAUCCAUCGUGAUAUUAAAUCCGAUAAUAUUUUAUUAAAUAUGGACGGUAACAUCAAGAUCACUGAUUUUGGGUUUUGUGCUCAAAUCAAUGAAAUCAAUCUGAAACGUAUCACUAUGGUGGGUACACCAUAUUGGAUGGCACCAGAAAUUGUUUCACGUAAAGAAUAUGGUCCAAAAGUUGAUGUUUGGUCAUUGGGUAUUAUGAUUAUAGAAAUGUUAGAAGGUGAACCACCAUAUUUGAAUGAAACUCCAUUGAGGGCAUUAUAUCUUAUUGCAACUAAUGGUACACCAAAAUUAAAAGAUCCCGAAUCUUUAAGUUAUGAUAUUAGAAAAUUUUUGGCAUGGUGUUUACAAGUUGACUUUAAUAAAAGAGCUGAUGCUGAUGAAUUAUUACAUGAUAAUUUUAUUACUGAAUGUGAUGAUGUAUCGUCGUUAAGUCCAUUAGUGAAAAUUGCUCGAUUGAAAAAAAUGAGUGAAUCUGAUUAA